AUAUUUGUUGUAAGAGGUUAAUUAAACCUGUGUAAGUAAUAAUCAACAAUUUCAGUCACGUUAUCGUUGUAUCGCAUAUUUAAAGAAGUUUAAUUAAAUGAUAAAUAUCCAUUUGAAGAAUUCCAAUUCAUUGUAAGAUUGUGAUGCAUUCAGAAUAUUGUGAAAAUUUACUUUUUUUUACGUUUACAAUGUGUCCACUAAAUUUUCACCAUGCUUGAUUAUUUCAAGAAUUUACUCAUGUUUACGUAAGGCAACUAGUUUGUGAUGUAAUCAAAAAGAAUUAUCUUUUUUCCUCAUCAUUAUUCACAGAAAAACAAUCUCCGAAAAUGUCUGUUAAAUUUUGUCUUCUCGUCGGGGUUGUUCUAUUGGGAACGACAGGAAUUUCAGCGUGGAAAAUAAAUCUAAAUGAAAGUACUAUUAAAAUACAUAUGGAUAGUACAGUAUCGGUUCAAUUUAAUGUUACCGAUUUACCUGCAACAAGUUCUUCAAAAGUAGAAAUAACAGCUGAAAGUUCAGACACAAAUAUUGCAACUAUUAGUCUUCCUGUUUUUCGUUAUGAUAAAAUAGAAAACGGAGUUUGGAAAGAUUUCAUCAACGUAACAGGUGUAUUUUUGGGAAAGGCGAAAAUAUCAGUGACCAUCAAUCACAAUGGGGAAAUAGUGAGAUCGAAUGAAUCGAACGUUAUUGUGACACGAAGAGAGAGAGUUAUUGAUAUAAUAUUCACAGCAAGUGUCGCAAUUCUUGUUUCGAUUUUAUACAUUAAUUUUGGUUGUGCCAUGGAUUGGGACUUGUGUAAAAAGACUUUGAGAAGACCAGUAGGACCAGUAAUUGGUUUCGUUUGCCAAUUUCUUUUUAUGCCUUUGAUCAGUUACGUUAUUGGUUAUGUUCUGUUUCCUGAUUAUCCUGAAAUGCAAUUGGGAAUAUUUUUCACCGGCAUUAGUCCAAGUGGUGGAGCAUCAAAUAUUUGGACACUAAUGCUUGGCGGAAAUUUAAAUCUUUCGAUUACUAUGACCACUUUGUGUACCAUAGGAGCUUUUGCAUUUAUUCCCUUCUGGCUGUUUACAUUGGGUAAACAUAUCUUCGAUCGAGGUACACUUAAGGUUCCUUAUUCGAAUAUUGCGACUUAUGCAAUUGCUCUUGUCGUUCCGCUUGGAAUUGGAUUUCUUUUACAGAGAAAAAUGCCAAGAUUUAGCAAAAUGAUGGUUCGGAUAAUGAAACCGUUUUCUAUUAUUCUAAUAAUUUUUAUCAUCAUUUUUGCCAUCGUCACAAAUCUCUAUCUUUUUAAAUUAUUCUCCUGGAAGAUAAUUCUUUCCGGCUUGGGGCUUCCAUGGCUUGGAUAUAUUCUUGGACUUACUAUGGCACUAAUAUUUAAACAACCAGGACCAGAUGUUCGUGCCAUUUCAAUUGAAACAGGAAUUCAAAAUACUGGAAUUUCUAUAUUUUUGUUAAGAUUCGGUCUUGAACAGCCAGAAGCCGAUCUUACGACAGUUGCCCCCGUCUCAUGUGCAAUAAUGACGCCGCUUCCUUUGAUUUUAUUGUACAUAAUAAAAUUAAUAUUGGAUCGUAGAAAAGAAAAAUUGGCAGCAUCAAUGGAAAAGUUACAAAAUUCUGUUCCUGCAAUUAAAACACUUUCAUAAGUGCGUGCAAGCUCAAUUUUUUGUGAUACUGUUAUCGAAAGAAAAGCUAGAAGUCUACGUUUCUUAUAAGAAAACAAAAAUAGUUAUUUCGAAGAAAAAAUACAGAAUAACUAUAAAUUAAAAAAUAAGGUAUUUAAAAAUCUUCCAUCAAUUUAUAAUCAAUUUUUUACAAAAAAAAAUUUCUAAAAUUUAUUUUCAUGGACUUAUUUUGUUAAUAAUUUAUAAAUUAUAUUUUACAAGUUAAUUUAUUGUUUAAUCAAUUGUUUACAUACUUAUCUAUGUAAACAAUUAUGUUUGUUUAAUUUUUCUAGUUGUAAUGGAAAAAUAGGUAUCAUAUUAUAAUAUUUAAAUUGAUAAAUUAUUUAUUGUUGGGUAAAUCAAAAAUAUUAGGUAUCAGUCUGAAACAUUUACGUUUAAAAAUUGUGUAUCAAAUGUUAAAUAAUUGUUACAAAAAAAUUGUAUGCUUUUAUAGUAGGAAUAUUCCACUUUGUUAGUAAUUGUUGGAGAAUCAUUUUGUUAUCUGUGAUAACAAUCAAACUUGAAUUGCGAUAACACAGCAAUUUGUAUUAUAAUAUAAAUAUUGUAUUAUAAUACAAAUAUAAUAGAAUUAUAAAUAUUUAUAAUACAUGUAAUAUAGAAAAAGAGGUCACAAUGUUAUGCAAGAGAUUAUGAGGUUUUUUUAAUUUUUUAAUUUUAACGUUUUUUUAUAAUUUGAGUAAAUUUUUUUUAUAAA